CCCAUUUCUUAUACCCCAAAGCCCUUUGAUUUAAAACAAGUUAGGGUUUCUCUUUCUCUCUCUUUCUGUCUCUCUUCAUCCCCAGUUUUUUCCAUCCGUCAGUAGCCAUGCCGCAGGGAGAUUAUAUAGAGUUACACAGGAAGAGAUUUGGUCGUCGCCAUGAUCACGAGGAGCGUAAACGUAAGAGGGAGGCUCGUGAAGUUAAGGAGCGCUCCCAAAAAGCACAAAAGACCUUGGGUAUUAAGGGUAAAAUGCUUGCUAAGAAGCGGUAUGCUGAAAAAGCCCAAAUGAAGAAAACAUUGGCUAUGCAUGAAGAGUCAUCGAGUCGUCGCAAGGUUGACGAUGACGUGCAUGACGGUGCUGUCCCUGCAUAUCUGAUGGACCGUGAAACAACCACAAGAGCUAAGAUUCUUAGCAACACAAUAAAGCAAAAGCGGAAAGAGAAAGCUGGAAAAUGGGAGGUGCCUUUGCCUAAGGUUAGGCCUGUGGCCGAGGAUGAGAUGUUCAGAGUGAUAAGAUCUGGCAAAAGGAAGACAAAGCAGUGGAAGAGAAUGGUUACAAAAGCCACCUUUGUCGGAGCAGGGUUUACCAGGAAACCUCCAAAGUAUGAGCGGUUCAUCCGCCCGUCAGGCUUACGGUUCACUAAAGCCCACGUGACACACCCUGAACUUAAAUGCACAUUCAACCUUGAGAUCAUCGGGGUGAAGAAGAAUCCUAAUGGUCCAAUGUAUACUUCACUAGGUGUUAUAACCAAGGGUACCAUCAUUGAGGUUAAUGUCAGUGAACUUGGUCUUGUCACUCCUGCUGGGAAAGUUGUAUGGGGUAAAUAUGCUCAAGUGACGAAUAAUCCUGAAAAUGACGGUUGUAUCAAUGCAGUUCUCCUCGUGUAGUACCUUCUAGUAGAGAAAAUUUUGGUGUUUGUAUCAGAAUGGGACAAUUAUAUUUGGUGGAAAGGAACUUUGCUGUAGCUCCAGUAGAAAAUUUUGGAUGUUUUAACUUAUUUACCGGUGUUUAUGUCAUCGGCAUCACCUUGUUUUUUCUCAUUGUUGCAAUCAACUCCCCUCUCUGUAUCCUCUUAAUUCAUUUGUUUGUUCCCUUACACAUGCAUCAACAUCUAUCCAGCA